AUGACAAGCAGUGCAUUUUAUCCAAAAACAGGUGGAUUUCUGCCCGCUCGCCUCGUGAAGUCAACGACGGAGAACUUCGCGUCGGAAGCGUGCGCUCAAGACAUUGAAGAGUUCGCCGAGCGUUCCGUACAACAGGCCCUGGAGACCGCCUUACUCAAGGUUUCUGUCGGUAAGGGAAAUCUUUCCUACUUCAUACUAUAUCAAGGCAAAAAUAAAUUGGGUUAUUUUGGGGAUAUGACGAAUUUGCAUGGCAUACGAAAUGUGAUUUCGACUUCCCAUAUAGGUUAUUUGAAAAGGGUGUUCUGGCUUGCCAUAUUAAUAUCAUGCUGCUACGGCGCCGGCUCGAUCUUGCAGUCAGCACUCAAGCUGUUCUCUACGGGUGCGGCAUCCUACUCCGUGGAGACGAAUUAUUUGCAUUGGGAUACUCCGUUCCCGGCAGUUACCAUUUGCGAGUCGGUACCUGAAAAUAGCCAGUUAUCUGCGUAUUUGAAAGAGAAAAAGAAACCUUCUAAAUUAUUCCAAUUUUACAAAGACGUGUCGUACUGGAACGUGAGAUACUGCAAAGUGUGUAAAGUUUGCAAGCUCAACGUGUCAUGCAAGCAAGAUUUUGAGCACGACGUUAUGGAGAUCAGACGCGAUUGCCCGGAACUGCUUACAGAUUGCUGGUGGGGCGGGAAGCAUUACAAAUGCUGUGACAUAUUUAAACCGAUGGCAACGGAAUAUGGGGAAUGUUACGUUUUCAAUUCCGCAAUCGUUGGAAAUACUAGCAUACGUACCGUGAAUAGAAAAAUUGGUCUUCCUGAUUUAAUUUUCACCGCAGUUAAGACGGUACAUGUGAAAAUACAUGCACCCGAAGAUAUGGUUGCUGUAACUUUGGAAAAUAUCCUGCCUAAAAGUUCCGAAAUAGCUCUUGUAACCAAUUUUGAGGCUAUUUUAAAGGUAGUGCAAACGGUAAACGACGCGACAGUACUUUCGCUGCCACCGUCUCUGCGCGGUUGUCUGUUCAAGAAAGAACGGCCUGAGCUCCCGGGCUGGCCCUUCAAGGAGUUCACGUAUAGCGCCUGUCUGCUAUACUGCAGGGUUUUGGCCCAGACCAGCUUUUGCAAUUGUACACAUCACUUUUUGUCACACAUAUUCGGGUCUCCGGCUUGCGACAUCUUGGGACUAAACUGUCUGGAUAACAAUAAAGAGAGGAUAGUAAACUAUGAUUGCAACUGUCCCAUGGCUUGCGAUGAAACCCAAUACAGUGCUGUUCAUAAAUUCUCCAAUCGUGUAAAGCAAACGCCAGAAAUGUUAAAACGUGGCUCCCGAGCAAGAAUACGCCUUGCGCACCUGCCGUCCUUGAGAGUACGAAGACUGGCCAUCAAAGACACACUCGGUCUUGUAGUGGACAUUGGAGGAGUGGGCGGAGUCUUCUUUGGGGCCUCCCUCCUCAGCGUGAUCGAGCUGGUGUACCUUUUUUGUAUCCGACGAAACUGAAGCACUUUGUUUGAU